AGCUCUGUCGCGUUUCAUCAUCUCAAGCUUAUCGGCAUACUGUUGCUGGGUCUUGCCAAUGUCACAGUCUAAUCUGCCCACAGCAUAUGUGAAGGACCUCGACAAAGUGAUUUGCAAGACGUGCGGCGCGCAAUAUCCGCAUGAGGAGAGGGAUCUGUCCGCCUGCGUCAUCUGCUUGGAUGAUCGCCAGUACGUCCCGGAGUCGGGCCAGGCUUGGACCUCGUUGCGUGAGCUGUUGGACGAGGACGUUCAGACGACGCUUGAGCCCUGGAAACAUGAUAAUAACGUGCUCCGUAUCAAGAACGAACCAGGAGUGGGCAUCUCUCAGACUCCGAUCCUCCUCCUCACUGAACGGGGAUACAUUAUCUGGGAUUGCUCUGCUUACAUGUCCCCAUCCGCCCUGCAUACGAUACAGGGUUACUUUUCCGAAAACCGGCCAUUCCUUGGUAUCGCUAUUUCGCACCCACACUUCUACAACUCCGCUGCGACGAUAUGCCGUGCGCUAAGGGAGGGAAUGCGAGGCAAAUCUGCAGAAGCGAUGGUCUACGCCCACGCAGCCGACAGAGUAUGGUGGAUGCGCACGGACGACCUGGCCAUCGUUAACUUUUGGGAAGGCGCAUCGUACAAUUUCAUCCAACAGUCCGCGGAGAAGCUGUCAAUGAUCAGAUGCGGAGGGCAUUUUCCGGGAUCGUGCGUGUUGCACUGGCAGCCGAAGGGCAGUAAAACGAUCAACAACAGCAUAAGUAUCACGCGCAGUCUUGUGCUCUGUUCGGACACCUUCAUGAUUGCUCCUGACCGUAAGACCAUAUCGUUCAUGUACUCCUACCCUAAUCAGGUGCCCUUGAGCCCUAAGGAAGUGGGAGGUAUAUGGCAAGCCAUAGCAUAUCUUGGAUUCAACCGAGCGUUAUCUGCAUGGCCUGGAAGGGAAAUAGUGCACGACGCAAAGAGUCUCGUGUUGAAGAGUGCCCUGCGUUUCACGCGGAUCGCGGGUCUCGAGCCUCUGCAGGUCGGUAUCGACGAGCAAAUGUCUCUGUACUAUUAGGGACACCUUCCAAUUUGCAAUGCCCCCGGUAACGCGCAGAAGGGGGGGCGGUACCAAAUAUGGAGAGGCGAGACACUGCUCAUCGCAUCGAUCGUACUGUCUUUUCUGCGGCGAUAGAUCAGUGGCUUAAGCAGUAGAUGAUACAUGUAAAUG